AUAUCAAUAAAGCGUCUAAGUCCAUGACAACCGUUACGUUUAACACAAUUUUUGAUGACGUAUUGUACAAUAACAAAAUGAAAGCAAGUGCACCAAUUAGGAAAAUUAGUGUUAAUUAGAACAAAUUUGCACCAUGUCAGAAAGCAUUACAGACAGUGGUCAUGAUACCAAUUCUACGUUUGGUACAAGUCACACAAAUACGUCAGAAAUUACAGGCACACUUGGGAAAAUAAAUACCAACAACAAGCAUUUCAGCUAUAAUUAUGAUGAUACUCUCCCGAAGGUAUUGCCUUCACAUAAGUUCCGAUAUUCUGUAUGGCAUGACCUCAGACAGACAUGUUUAACUGGAGACCAAUUACAUGCUCCAAGAGUCAGAGCUGGUCCACCAGAAAAAGAGAAACAAUUUAACCGUGUGAUUGAGGAUGGUCUACCUAUCCACCAUGAUUUGUCAGGUAGGAGGAGACAAAAUCAUAUGAAUGAGUUGGAAAACUGGGAAAGUGCAGAAGUGAUCAACUUGUGUUAUCAGGAACUGUGUCACGAAUAUCAAUGGAAGAAUUUUUACAGGAUUCUGGCAAAAUGCCAAUCUGCUGUCACAAUUAACAUCUCCUACAACACCAUUGUCAGCUUAAAACAAAUCAAAUUUUCAAGAUGUGAGUACAUCAAUAUGCAUGCAAACUACAUAGGUUCUAUAAAGGACUUCCCAUCUUUGCCUAAAGCAAAGAAAAUAGUUGCAACAGAUAACAACAUAAAGACAUUGGAUGGGUUACAAAGUCUUCGUGGGACACCUUUAGAGGAGUUAUACCUCAGUGGAAACAACUGCUCCUUUGAGAUCAACUACAGACAAAAAGUAUUUCAGACCUUGCCCAAUCUGAGAAUUCUUGAUGGUGUUGCAAGAUUACCUAGUGACAGUGAAUUUGUUGAAGAUGAGACCCAACCAGAUAAUUCCAGAUGUACAAUUUUAUGAACAUUUCAUACGUAGUUGGACUUUCCAACAUUUACAAAUUGUAUCUUAAAUAAGAUGCAUGAGCAGCCUUGAUUUAAGUUACAUCAAAGAUAAAGCUUUAAUUAUCAAAUAAAAAAAAUAUUCUGCUGUUUGUCCAGUCUGCAAUAAAGAUUUAAUUAGGUUACCUUUUAAGGCAUCAUAAAUCAAAAUUAAUUGUGCAUCCUGCUGUGUAAUUUAAGAGAUAUUUUUUUCAGACAAUCUUUACAUUUUGAAAAUCAAAAAGAAAGAAAAAGAGUAAGUGAAGCUAUUUCAUGGUGCACUCGGCUUUGGUUAUCCUUUUUGUUGUCAUUUGUGGUCUUCUUCUGUAUUGACUAAGCUAUUACUGUGGCUAAAUCUUGUUGAGUUCUUCUUGCCACACUAAAUAAAGGUCAAAGGUUAAGGUCACUUACUUAAUUCACAUUUAAUAUACUUGUUCAUUAUCAAAGUGUGAAGACAUAGUCUCAAGAGCAGAUAAUUCUAAAAUAAUAGUAAGCAGUUUUUUUUUACUUCUAAGAUGUUUUUACCAAUAUUAACCUCUUAGUGAAGGUUAUUUUCUCAAAAACUAUCAAAAGAUAUUCAUUUUUAACUUGGAAUACUUGUUCAGAUCAAUAUUGGAAUGCUUUCUAAAGAGCAGAUAACCCAGAUGGUUAUUUUUGCUUAUUGAUCCCCCUUUGGUAUAUAUUCAUGUUUUUCUUUUUUGGGGGGAAGGGGGGGAGGUGAAAACAAACAAACAAAAAGAAUGUACACAAAUUAUUAGAUUUUUUCUUGCUCGCUUAAAACUUUGUGCAGGAUCUUAUAGGUGUUAACUGAUUACUGAAUUACAAUAAUGUGUGAUACCUGCAGAUCAAACAUACUAUAUUGUUACCAUUUUAGAUAUUAUACUUUGAAGCCUAGGUACUUGCCUUGAAAACACUUUUAUAUUCAAGAAAUUUCCAACAUUAAAUUAUUGUACUUUUAUUGUUUAAAUAUAAUCAUGCACUGAACUGCCUUAGAAACACAGUGGUUUUGAAAUUACAGUGAUGUUAUAAAUAAUGUAAGGACAUGAAUUUCUUUAAAAAUCAGUCAUAAAAAUAACAACAAUUGUAACAAAUAAAUGAAAUAUUUAGUCUGUGAAAUAUUAUUAUUAACCUGUGAAAUAUUAAAUCACUUUAAUUAAUUCUAAAGAAACAAAUUGAAAUGAAAACAAAUUCAAUUCAAUUCAUUGUACAUCUUUAUAGGUGAAUUCUUAUUGUGAAUUGUUAUUGAUAUGCAUUUGAAGCAUUUUUAUGAACAGCAUUUCUUAACUUGAAUUUAUUAAUUGCAGUUUUACCAUAUUGCAUUUGUUAAAAGUCUUGUUAUUGUCCCUUUUUUUCUUCCAUUUU